AUGCCGACAUUUAACGUUAGGUUUUACUCAUCUCAAGUCGAUUCAGUGUCAUCUUUGCUGCCGACUCGAGUCUAUAUCCUCACACUCUACCAGGGCAUCUACCCCACAGCCAUCGUCGUCCUAGUGACUCUUCAGGAAACGGCAUGGGAUGAGCGUAAUGAACAUCCAUACAUGAAGACAAUCGACAUGCAAUUCGCCCUGGCCCCUACACUGCUCACGCAUCAUUCGAGGCGACACCAGCGAUCGAAGGGUGUCGACCAGAUCGAAUCGCACCGCAGCACCGGCUCGUCCGACGACGGCUUUCAAGACGCCACCUCGUCCGCGCCGUGCGCCUUGUCCUCAACCACGGACCUACGGGCGAGCGCCGUGUCAAUGUCUUCCCCUGCGGAGUCACCGGCUGCACCUAGCAUAGAGACGCACCAACGCGUUGGUCUCCAAGGCUGGCCUUACACAGAAGGCGGACGUCUCGCGGACAAGCCGACGCGCACCCACGUUUCUAUCUUGGACAGCCCGUCCGCAUUCACAUUUGACGACGCCCCUCUCAAUGCGGAGGACCUCCUCCUUUUCCCCCCAUUUUGA